UGUCGCAUUUCAGCAUCUGGUUUUCAUAGUCAAUACAGGAUGUUGUCGAAGUGCAAUAAAGCAAAAGUACUUUAGAAUGAAACUGAAUUGGUCUGGACACUUUUUGUUGAGGUGAGAACAGCUGUUUGUCUUUUUUUUUUUUUUUUUUUUUUGGGAGGUUUUCUUUUUUUUUCUUCUUUUCUUUUUUUUUGGGAGGCAAAGAGCGGCAGUCCAGUCCACAAGAAAACUGCUGUCUCAGUCUCAGGAAGGUGCACAUCUUCACACUUGCACAUGUGGGACUGCUGCAUACACCAAAAUGAUCUGGAUCACUUUAUUUCUGCAUCUUCUAGCAUCAUCAGCUGUGAAUAUGAGCAGUACUCAUCGCAAUGAUCCUGCUAUAUUGACUGGUGAAUCUGAGGACGGCCAAAAAGAGCAUUAUCACAGAGACGCAGACGCAGACAAAUGCACUAUGCCAUGUGAAAUGACUGCAAAGCUAAUGCGUGAUGAGAAACAUUCCUUGUGCAGUAACCUCCAGCAUACCAUAGUGUCAUAUACCAGAAACACUAGGAAGUUGAUCAGAGAUCUCAUUGAUGAACAGCAGAAAGCUUCGGAAUUUCUCUCAAGUCAGAUAAUCGAGCUCAUGGCCAAAGUAAACACACUCAGUUCAGAUGUGCAGAGAAGCAACAGCGACUUUUCCGUAAAACCCAUGGAGUCCCACGGUAAAGAUUGCAGUGACAUCCAAGAGACUCUAGGUGUCGUUUCUCCAAAAAUCCCUAGUGGAAUUUAUAUAAUUCAGCCAGAAAACACAGAUGUUUCCUUUGAGGUGUUCUGUGAGAUGGAUUACAUGGAGGGCGGAUGGACAGUGAUACAGAGAAGGACGGACGGCCUCACCGACUUCAAACGAAUGUGGUCACAGUACUUGGAUGGAUUUGGACACUUGCCAGGUGAACACUGGUUGGGUUUGAGAAAAAUCUUCAAUAUUGUCAAUCAGAGAAACACACGCUUCCAGCUGCAUGUGUCUCUGGUCUCUCAAGACGACACCACCGCCUAUGCUUCAUACGACAAUUUCUGGCUUGAGGACGAAACCAAAUUCUUUGCAAUUCACCUCGGCAGAUAUGCUGGUAGCGCAGGUGAUGCUUUUCGAGGGUAUUCCCAAGAGCAGAAUCAAGACACGGCCCCUUUCAGUACCUCUGACGUUGACAACGACGGUUGUUCUCCAUUCUGCACUUUUGCUAAUAAAGCCGUUGAGAGCUGCAGUGUGAACCAGAACAACACAGGAUGGUGGUUUAACCAGUGUGGCAAGGCAAAUCUGAAUGGCUCACCGCUGGACCAAGAUCUCUCGACCCAGCCACAUAUCCACUGGGACACCUGGACCAAAAAUGGCACGAUUGUCAAAAUCAAAUCAGUGACUAUGAAGAUCAGAAGAGCUGAGAUCCCGAAUUUAAAAUAAGGCCCUGAAGCUUCUGAAGCUUUUGCAUUGAAGUAGAACAACAUUUUAUUUAGAGUCACUAAAAACUUGCACUUAAGAGCUGUGAGCUUUUCUAAAAAGCAUUUUGUAAGAAUAAACCUUUUGGCAUUGUGA